AUGGAUACUACAACCGCACCCCCGGAGCCCAUCAAGGCGCCAGUUCGGGGUACUCAAGAUGCGGCAGGCGGUGUUACGGACAGUGAGCUGGGAGACGUCCAAAACAUCACCGCCAGAGACCGCGCCGACAUUGAGAAGCAAAAGUCAGCGCAGGGCAAUGCGCACUUCCAUCGCCUGGGAUGGAAGCGCCUUACUGUUGUCCUCUUGGUUGAGGCCAUCGCUCUGGGAACGCUGAGUGUCCCUUCGGCCUUUGCGACCCUUGGAAUGGUCGCCGGCGUUAUUCUAUCCGUUGGGCUGGGUCUGAUCGCUGUCUAUACGUCGUAUAUUGUUGGCCAGGUGAAGCUGCGCUUUCCCCACGUCUCGCACUAUGCUGACGCUGGACGGUUGUUGAUGGGAAAGUUCGGCUACGAGCUCGUGGGAAUCAUGUUCGCGCUCGAACUCAUCUUUACCGUUGGCUCUCACUGCUUGACGGGAGCCAUUGCCCUGAAUAAUAUCACCGACCAUGGCACCUGCUCCAUCGUCUUCGGCUUCGUCUCGGCUGUAGUUCUCGUCCUCCUCGCUAUACCGCCAUCCUUUGCCGAAGUCGCGAUUCUGGGUUAUGUCGAUUUCGCCUCUAUCAUAAUCGCCGUCGGCAUCACUAUCAUCGCCACUGGCAUCCAGUACUCCCACCCCACAACAGCUUCGGUAGCCGCUGCAGCCCCGUGGCAGCUAUGGCCUAAGGAGGGACUUCGGCUCGCUGAGGCCUUCGUGGCCCUCGGCAACAUCAUCUUUGCUUACAGUUUCGCGCUAUGCCAAUUCUCUUUUAUGGACGAAAUGCAUACGCCAGAAGAUUUCUCCAAGUCGAUCGUGGCACUCGGUGCCAUAGAGAUUGUUAUUUACACCGUGACCGGCGCGCUAAUUUACGUAUUCGUCGGGCAAGACGUGCAAUCCCCGGCGCUGUUAUCGGCUGGUAGCACCGUUUCCAAGGUCGCAUUUGGUAUCGCGUUGCCCGUUAUUUUCAUCUCGGGCUCCAUUAAUACCACGGUCGUCGCUCGAUAUAUCCAUGGCCGGGUUUUCGAGCAUUCUAUUAUCCGGUAUAUUAACACCAAGAUGGGUUGGAUCACCUGGCUUGCGCUUAUUACGACUAUUACGCUGAUUGCGUGGGUGAUUGCUGAGGCUAUCCCUUUCUUCUCGGAUCUGCUCUCGAUUGCAUCGUGUCUCUUCGUGUCUGGUUUUACCUUUUAUUUCCCUGCGGCCUUUUGGUUCAAACUGCUCAAGGAUGGCCACUGGUACGAGAGGAAGAACCUGAUCAAGAGUAUUGUAAACGGCGUUAUCUUCAUAAUCGGCAUGAUCAUUUUGGGUGUUGGAACUUACGCAAGUGUGCAAGAUAUUAUUGACCGAUACAGAGAGGGCACGGUCAGCGGUGCGUUUACAUGCUCCGGCUAA